UCUGACCAGGGCUGUGGCCAGGAGAGCUGCUGCCGCCCCAGCUGCUGUCAGAUCACGUGCUGCAGGACCACCUGCCUCCGCCCCAGCUGCAGCGUGUCCAGCUGCUGCAGGCCCCAGUGCUGCAUUUCCAGCUGCUGCAGGCCCCAGUGCCAGCAGUCUGUGUGCUGCCAGCCCACCUUCCUCCGCCCCAGCUGCAGUGUGUCCAGCUGCUGCAGGCCCCGGUGCUGCAUCUCUAGCUGCUGCCGCCCCAGCUGCAGUGUGUCCAGCUGCUGCCGCCCCAGCUGUGAUGUGUCUAGCUGCUGCAGGCCCCAGUGCUGCAUCUCCAGCUGCUGCCGCCCCAGCUGCAGCGUGUCCAGCUGCUGCCAGCCCCAGUGCUGCAUCUCCAGCUGCUGCCAGCCCUCUUGCUCCAAUUCUAGCUGCUGUGGCUCCAGCUGCUGCCACCCCUCCUGCUGUCUGCGCCCAGUCUGUGGCCGGGUCUCCUGCCACACCACUUGCUACCGCCCUACCUGUGUCAUCUCCACCUGCCCCCGCCCUGUGUGCUGCCCCUCCUCUUGCUGCUGAAUCUCU